AUGGCCAGCCCCAGGAGCAAACCCAGCAAGAGCGAGAUCGGAGUCAGGCCUACAGUACCUGGGUACCAGGAGGUGCUGCUGGGAUAUUACCCCACUGCCCCCUACCACCAGACAGUACUUGGGUACCAGGAGGUUCUGUUGGGAUAUUACCCCACUGCCCCCUACCACCAGACAGUACCUGGGUACGGGGGGCUGCUGGGACAUUACCCCACUGCCCCCAAUCGCCAGACAGUACCUGGGUAUCAGGAGCUGCUGCUGGGACAUUACCCCACUACCCCCUAUCACCAGACAGUACCUGGGUACGGGGGGCUGCUGGGACAUUACCCCACUGCCCCCAAUCGCCAGAUAGUACCUGGGUAUCAGGAGGUGCUGCUGGGACAUUACCCCACUGCCCCCUAUCACCAGACAGUACCUGGGUACGGGGGGCUGCUGGGACAUUACCCCACUGCCCCCAAUCGCCAGACAGUACUUGGGUACCAGGAGGUGCUGCUGGGAUAUUACCCCACUGUCCCCAAUUGCCAGACAGUACUUGGCCCAGCUCUGUCCCUUCCCCUGAGGCUCCGCCCAUGGCCCUGUCCCAUUCCACCCUUCCCCCAUGGCCCUGUCCCGUUCCACCCUUCUCCCCACCCCUCACUUCCCCCCCACUGCCCCCGAGACUCGAGAAGUUCUGUGCCCUGGGGCCAUGGCCGGCAGCAAGAGCUCCUCCAGCCCCAUGGUCAUGAUUGGCUAAUUCUCCAGGCCCCGUACUAUGCCGUGUUCGAAGGGGACCCGCUGCGCCUGAGGUGCUACGGAUGGAAGGGAGCAGAGGUGUCUCGGAUAAGAUAUUACAAAGAUGGAGCAGAGGUUACACCAUCCCGUGUGAACUCAGAGCUGUCCAUCAAACAAGCAAGGACACAUGACAGUGGCAAAUAUCACUGCACUGGAUCAAUGAUCUUCAGACCUAAAGUCAGUUCUCCUACGGCGUCUAUUUCUGUCCAAGAGUUGUUUUCGACUCCGGUGCUGAGGGCAGCAGGCUCGGGUGACCCCAUAGAAGGAAGCCCAGUGACCCUGAGUUGUGUCACACUGCUCAACCCCCAGAAAUCGGACACACUGCUUCAGAGAUUCUUCUAUAUAGACAACAGGGCCUUGGGAGAACCUAGGAGCUCCCCUGACUACCACAUUCCAGUGGCAGGGCUACAGGACUCAGGAUCUUACUAUUGCGAUGUGCAGACGGUGACCUCAAGUGUUCAGAAACGGAGUCCCGAGUUAAAGAUUGCUGUUAAACGAAUCCCGGUGUCCCAAGUCUCCCUGGAGGUCCAGCCCCUCGGGGGGCAGGUGACGGAAGGGGAGUGGCUGAUGCUGAACUGCUCUGUGUCUAUGGGCACGGGGCCAAUCACCUUCUCCUGGCACCGGGAGGGCUCCAGACAGGCUCUGAGAACAGAGACUCAGAGCUCUCAAAGGAUGGUCUAUGAGAUCCCUGCAGCCACGGAGACCGACACAGGGGAGUAUUACUGCAUGGCCUCCAAUGGCAACGCCCCAGCACCGAGCCCAAGGGUGAAAGUUGCCGUGAAAGUUCCAGUGUCCCCGCCUCAGCUGACUGUCAGUGCAGCCGGCACCUGGGCCGCCAUCGGGGACGUGGUGAAGAUCUGGUGCGAGUCGCCCCGCGGCUCAUCCCCCAUCCUCUAUCGGUUUCAUCACGAGGGAGCCGCUCUGGGGAACAGGACGGUCAGUUCCCGAGGGCCAGGAUCCCUUGCUCUGAAUGUGACAUCUGAGCGGGAUUCUGGGACCUACUCCUGUGAGGCUGAUAAUGGCAUGGCCAGCGGCCCCCAGCACAGCGAUCCCUUCCACCUCUCCGUGCUUGUGCCUGUGUCCGGGGCCACCAUCGCCGCAGAUCGCAUGGGGCCAGAGGUCAUGGCUGGAGAAAGCCUGAAUCUCAGCUGCUCGGUGGAGUCCGGCACCACCCCCUUGUUCAAGUGGCUUCACAACGCCCAGGAGCUGGCUGCAGCCUCGGGGCUCGACCCACCCACGGCUGUGGGGAAUACACUGCAUUUCGGGUCUGUGCAGCUGGGCCAUGGAGGGAAUUACCAGUGCAUUGCCAGCAACCAGCUCAGCCCUCAAAGAGUCUUCCAGGCCCCCAGCGAGAUCCUGGCCAUCACCGUGAUAGAGCACGCGAGCCCCCAGGUGGUUGUGCCUGUGACUGUCUCCAUCCUGUUCCUGUUCCUGAUGGGUGUCACUGCGGCUCUGGUGUUCUACUUCAAGUGCUGGAAGAAAACAGAAGGAAUGGUUUUCAAUGCCCCGGGGAGGCACACACAGCUCCCAGCCCAGCACGAACCCCCUGGCCAGAGGCUGCCUCCACCGGGGAGCUUGGGCCUCCAUGCUGAGGAGCCAUCUUACGGCAAUGUGUGUCCCCUGGAGCCGGAGAGUGGAGACGUGGAGUAUACGGUUGUCAACAUCAAGAAAAGAAGUGGGGAUAAACCCAAGGGAACUCCACCAAGGGACAAUGAGGAAUACUAUGUCAGCUACUCUGUGCUUCCGGACUCCAAGCCCACCUGGGAGUCAGCCGCAGGAGCGAGGGCUCCAAAAGGGAAAUCCCUACCCGACAGUGACAUUUAUGAAAACGUUCCCCACCUGUGACCUGCGAGUGACUCCAGCCCAUCCCCUGGCCCAGCCUGGGGGAGCCUGACUGCCUCAUUAACCCUUCACUCCCCUGCUUGGCAUGUAGAGCAUGGAAUGCAGCACAUGCAGGCUGGGGCCAUGGGGGCCUUGUCCCUGGCUGGUGCCCUCUGCAUUGGGACUGACAAGCCGGAGCAGAGAUGGAGGCAAAUGCUCUGGGUCUGCACAGCUGCUGCUGCCUAGUGAGGCGUCGUGAGCAGAUGAUUUGCUGAGGGGCCCAGGCAGCAGCCGUAAUCUCUGUUAAUCCCUGUGAUGGGUCUGUGCCUCUCCAUCCCAGGGGGUUGCCGGCUUGGCUGUUGCGCAUGGAGGAUCUGGCCCAGUGGGACUUGUGACAACUGGGCUAAUUC